GCCUUUUCCUGCAGAAUAAACCGUGACACGUGGUACAGCUACCUGCGAACCCCCUGGGAAUUAGAAUAUGAUUAAAAGUGGGAGUGGCCAACGAGAGGGCUAGAGGGAGAGGCAGAGACACUGAGGGGGAGCCCAGGGGGAGAUGGGUGAAGGACCGACUAGGCUUUCCCAUCCAGGAAAAAGAAAAGUACUGUAAAUGGAGAUGACACACCCAGAGAAGCUUACGCCUACCUCUUUGGGAAACACAGGUGGCAAAACUGAGCCAGCCCUGAUACACUAGUGACCUGUUUUCAAUAUUUUAAUCACAGUUGGUUUUCAUUGUGGCUAUUGCUAGAAACAACCAUGAAUGUCUGAAUCUUCUUCUAUGCAAAAAAAAAAAAAAAAAAAAUCUGCAACAGCGUCUCUACAAAACAUCAAGCGAAGUGACAAAUUCAGCCAUUCGAGUUUUCCUACUGUUUUAAUGAAGCUAGUCGUAGAGAAUGAGUUGACAUAGGAAACACAUGUGCUUGGAUGCCUCGUAUCCUUAUUUCUGAUCCAUUGUAUUCCUAUGUUGAACCAGUCAAGUCCAGUGUCUCGGUGGUACCUACUGGUGUGGUGACAGACAAGAAGCAUGUUGUACAGUCCCGGGGUUAUCAUACCAUCGUUUCCUCUCUUCUAACAGGAAAUGCACUCUUAAGACCAUGCUAAAGGAAAUUCAGACAUAUAGUUAUGGCAUACAGAGCUCGUACUGUUUCUGGCAAAUUCCGCAAGCGCCUGUAACACGGAACCAUCCUUGAUGCAGUAUUAUGGCUGAAAGUGUAGGACUCGAUGUCACGAUCAGCUAGUACUCGUAGGGUAGCAUUUAUAACACAGCAAGUGCAUUGUUGACAAGAUCUCGAGUUCAGGACGGAUCAUGUCAGUGCAAUGAAACCCAGAGAUGUUAUCACUUUGCACUCUAUUCUUACUUCAAUACUCAACUGAGCUUUUUGGGGAGGUCGUGCUUUGAACUUGUGCAUGGUUUGGAACUAUGGAUACCCGAGAAUAAAAUGUGACGAAGCAGAGCAGUGAUAUAAUCAACUUGAACUGGGUAAGACAGGGGAAAAAACGGAGGCGUUUGUUCGUGAAGACUGUUGAUGGCACUGCGCACUGGGACGGCUUGGUUUGGGCAGGUCUUGCGCAGAGUGUCCCGGCUGCAGGGCACAUGGUCUAGGCGAUCUAGUAGCCUUCUCUGCCUUUCCUCGUCUCAGGAUCAAGAACAGGGGCUAGACAACAAGGAUUCUAACUGUAUCCAUCCACACCACCAUCACCCUACUCUGCAGCAGGUGGGCUCCCAUUGUUGUCUGCACAUUCCUGGCUGCUGCUGCGCCUUUUUGCGGAGGACGGGGGGACAUGAGCCCUUCACUCGCCGGUUCCUGGUGGCCAUGAAGCGGCAGAACGUGCGGACCUUGUCCCUGAUCAUCUGCACGUUCACCUACCUGCUUGUUGGGGCCGCUGUCUUUGAUGCUCUGGAGUCCGACUUUGAGAUGCGGGAAGGUGAAAAGCUGACUGCCGAGGAAAUGCGCCUCAAAGGCAAGUACAACAUCACUCAGGAGGACUACCAGCAGCUGGAGGUGAUCAUCAUGCAAUCAGAACCACACCGAGCUGGGGUGCAAUGGAAAUUUGCUGGCUCUUUUUAUUUUGCUAUUACUGUUAUUACCACCAUAGGUUAUGGUCAUGCUGCUCCUGGAACAGAUGCAGGGAAAGCCUUUUGCAUGUUCUAUGCUGUCUUGGGAAUCCCGCUUACUCUGGUCAUGUUUCAAAGCUUAGGUGAACGCAUGAACACCUUUGUAAAGUACCUUCUUAAGAGGAUCAAGAAAUGCUUUGGCAUGAGAAAUACAGACGUUUCCAUGGAGAACAUGGUCACUGUGGGAUUUUUUUCUUGCAUGGGUACCCUUUGUAUUGGAGCUGCAGCAUUUUCCCACUAUGAAGAUUGGAGCUUUUUCCAGGCCUAUUAUUAUUGCUUUAUAACAUUGACUACUAUAGGUUUUGGAGAUUAUGUAGCAUUACAAAAGAACAAGGCUCUUCAAAAGAAGCCACUGUAUGUGGCUUUUAGCUUUAUGUACAUACUAGUUGGUUUAACUGUAAUUGGAGCAUUUCUAAACUUAGUUGUUCUCAGGUUUUUGACCAUGAAUAGUGAAGAUGAGAGACGGGAUGCAGAAGAAAGAGCAUCACUUGCAGGGAACAGAAACAGCAUGGUCAUCCACAUCCAGGAGGACUCACAGCAUGGCCGACCUCGAUUUAAGGCAGAAGUGACAGACCUCCAGUCAGUCUGUUCUUGCAUGUGCUAUAGAUCCCAUGAAUACACCAGCCAGGUUGUAUCCCACCAAAACUCUUUCAGUUCUCAGUUGAACCCUCAGUAUUUUCACUCUGUUUCUUAUAAAAUAGAAGAGAUAUCACCAAGCACAUUGAAAAACAGCUUAUUUCCUUCUCCAGUUAGCUCUGUUUCACCUGGACUACACAGCUUUACAGACAACCACAGGCUGAUGAAAAGGCGAAAGUCAAUAUGAGUGGGGUCAACAUUUUUCCCACUUUUUCUGCCCCCUUUUACAUUAAAAUGGUACAGACUGAAAUGGAAAAUGUGAAUUUCCUUCUGCCUGAGACUGGAGACAAACAAGCAUGAAGCAUGGAUAAUUAAUUAAUUUAAUUCUCCAACAAAGUAUGCCUUAUGUUAUCCCUCCGAGAUGGAUGUAAGAGGAUUAAAAAUGGAGUCUUAUGGGUAUCAAACCAAAAAUUGCACAUGCAGCCACUGACCUAUAGUGCACAGGUACAUAUACACACAUAUCAACACAUAUGCAUGCUUGUUCCUACACGUGUGUAUGGAACACAUGCAUGACUUUGGCACUCUGCACCUGUGAAACUACUUGAAAUGCAGGUUUUACCCCAUUUGCAAUUCUACAGAUAGUGCCAUAUGACAACUUAUAGUUAGUUUUUUAAAUCAUCAGGUACUAUUUUUUUACAUGCAGUGCAUUGCAACCUGGUGUUUUUUUAUUUUUAGACUGCUUCUAAAAUAGUAAAAAAAAAUGCAUAAAAAAGCCAAACUUUUUUUUUUAAUUUGCCAGAUCAAAUCAAGCAUGUGCAUAAAGCAGUCAAUAUACCAGGUGUGCCAUGAUAAACUUUUUAGUGCAUUUUUUUCUUUUUCUUUUUUAAACUCUAGAUUGUUACCUGCUGAGCAGACAAAAAUAAAUGUUGGAUCUGUUUUAGCUUGAAAGAUGAAAACAAUUCUAGAAAAAAAUGAAAACGCAUGCACUUUUUAAAAACUGGUAUGCAUCAUUAAUACACAUCUCAUAAGAAACCUAGCAAUGGAAUUAAUAAUCAAAGCAAAUAAAUAGUUAUAAAUUCAUUUUUAAGGAAUAUUUCUUUGCUGUUAGACUGCUCUGAUAAUUUGCCAAAUUACGGGAUUUUUUUAGGAAAGAAGACGGGCAAAUUGUUAGAGACACAUUUUAAAUUUUUAUGUUAUUUAAUAAAAAAGCAUUUUCUUUUGGUGCAGCAACUACCUGCAUGAAUAGGAAUUAUAUAUUUUUGGAAUGCUUGGAUAAAAG